AUGGAGUCCAAGCAGACUUUCUUACCAAACGGUACACGGCACACUACUUCUCGCAAUGCGUGGUUGUUCACAGCUGUCCUGAUAUCCUCUUCUCUACUUUGGGCCUUCUGGCACCAAGACAUACACCAUGUCUUUCCGAACUGGGCAGAUCGACCAGAUGAGUCUGCCCGUUUAGUCAGGAAGUACCAUCUCCAAACUGGUGUACGGUGGAUGAACCCAGAUGGCGGUCGAUGGAGAGUUAUGUUUACUUGUAACGGCCAAUCUCCCUGUCCAGUUCUGUAUGCUGAAGAAGGCGAUAUCGUCGAGUUGACCUUGAAGAGUGAUAUUUAUGCGCAGUCUUCCAUUCACUUGUCAUGGAAUGAUGGGACGGCGGGUCUGUCACAAUUUCCCACCCUCCCUAGAAGUAAUUGGACAAACGCCUACGACACGUCAGGUUCAUGGGGACUGAAUUGGUUCAUCGAUCACACUACCACCGCAUCAGCUGAUGGCAUCGCUGGAGCUGUUUACGUAGCUCCUUCUCCAGACCGCCCUCGUCCAUACCAUCUCAUCACAAACAACACUCUAGAACUUCGUCAAAUUCGUGAAGCCGAACGCGACACCCGUCACGUCAUUAUUCAGAAUCAUCAGCAUCGUGACUCGGUUUGGAAGUUACUCCGUAUGAGAGCCGAAGGGUCAGAGUAUUACUGUUAUGAUUCGAUUCUGGUCAACGGCAAAGGUCGAGUGCAUUGUCGCCAGCCAGGGUUCGACCAUCUGAAUGGUCAUGCACUAGAUCAGAAGGGGUGUAUUCAGCCACCUGGUCUACCAGAUGAGACGUGUACGCCAAGCUCGGCGGACUAUGAGGUCAUCGAAACUCAAGGACGGAAGUACAUGAUGUUGAAUCUCAUCAACCUAGGUUUUGAACACUCGGUCAAACUCUCCAUUGAUCAUCACAAGAUCAUCCUCAUAGCCAACAAUGGUGGCUUUGUAUAUCCUGAAGAAGCAGACGUUGUGUACAUUCCGGACCCCAGUCGUGUGACUGUCCUGGUCAAGCUUGAUGCUGAGCCAGAUGACUACGCCAUUCGGAUAUCUUCAACCAGUGAACUGCAGAACCUUCAUGGCUAUGCGAUCUUGAGGUAUCGGUCAAAACGUCCGCCUCAAUAUGGGGAGGCUAUGACACUACCCCCAACUGCGCCAAAGGACAUAUGCCUUCUACCAGACGGUAACACCCACUCAAGCUGCACCACCGCUGACGGACAAUUCGCCCCUCCCUACCCAGCCAAUCCACCACCGUCACCCAGCAGGGACCAUCAAGCACGAGCAGACUUUACCUUCCGACUAGCAGCAGACUCACAACCUUCUAAAACAGAGCUAGUACCAGAGUACUUCCUCAACGGCAAGCCAUGGCAACUAUUUCAUGGUUCCAUGAUGCCUCUUCUUUUCCACGCAGCAAACGAAACAUUUGAUAAACCUGUUAUCAGCAACUUGCCACUCGGAUCAGUGGUGGACCUAAUCAUUGAGAAUCGAUUAAACGAGACUAUAUCCUUUUACAAGCAUGGUGAACCUUCGUGGCUUCUCGGGUCGAACGUACACAAGGUAUUCCCUGGAAGUAGCGUAGAAGAUGCCAGGAAGCAUCUGAACUUGCACGAUCCGGCUCUUGUGAUCGUUCAUGAUCUGCCAGCGCUGGGAUGGAGCGUGUUGAGGUUCAAGGUGACGUCUCAAACAGCGACUAUGCUCCAUGCUGCAAAGCUGCGAUAUUUUGCUUUGGGUAUGACGGUACCUAUCUUAGAAGGGAUUACUGUGGACACACCAUUAAAGAUUCCUGAGCGUGCGGCUAAGAGACCUCAUGUUGACUUUAAGCCUGCUCAUGAUGGAGUUUUUGGGUGA